AAACUCGGUGAGGCCAGGCCCGCGCCAGGAAGCUGGAGGUAUCUCGGGCGGCUGAGGGAGCUUUCGCGGGCGGAAAAGGCCCGGGUCACCCAUGGGGCUGGGACCGCGCUCCCCCCACAAGGCGGGGCGCCGGUUCCCAGCUGGCGGCAGACGAGGGAGCGGGGCCAAGGAGUCGGGGCGUCCCCGACCAGGCCGCCAGCGACCACCCUGCCUGCUUCCAGACCGGCGCUCGGACCCGGCUCGGGAUGCGCAGCCGCACCUGAGCCCCGAAGGUCUGGGGUACUUCCGCCGGGCGCUGUCCGCCCUGAAAGAGGCCCCCGAGACGGGAGAAGAACGAGAGCUGCUGGUGCACAAUGUUUUGAAGGAGGCGGAGGCUCAGGCCCUCGCCUUGGCCACGAACAGGACUGGCAGUGAGAUGCUGCAGGAACUGUUGGGGUUCAGUCCCUUGAAACCGCUGUGUCGAGUAUGGGCUGCUCUGCACCUGAACUUGCGCUUUGUGGCCUGUCAUCGAUGCGGGGUCCAUGUACUGCAGAGUGCUUUGCUGCAGCUGCCUCGGUUGCUGGGGAGCCCUGCAGAGGAGGAGGAGGAGGAGGGGGAGAGGGAGGGGGAGGAGGACAGGGAUGGGAAGGAUGGUUCCUUAGAGACCCUGGAGCAUCUGGUCCUGGGACUCGCCGCUGAGGUGUGUGAGGACUUUCUCUUCUACUGUGGAGACACACAUGGCAGCUUCGUGGUCAGAACUCUCCUGCAGGUGUUAGGAGGGACUCUCCUGGAGUCUGAGAGAGCCAGGCAGCGUGGCUCCCACUCACCUGAAGCACAAAGGGUCCCAACUUGGGAAUGCAAGCCAACUGAUUUCGAGGUCCCUGAAACCUUCCUGAAUCGCCUUAAGGACCUGAGUUCCUGCUUUCUGAAGGACAUUGCUGUGUUUAUCACUGACAAGAUCUCCAGCUUCUGCCUUCAAGUGGCCUUACAGAUCUUACACCGAAAACUGCCCCAGCUUUGUGCCCACCUCUGCAAUGCUGUGAUUGGCUACCUGAGCAGCCGCAAUUCCUCAGCAGCUGGCAGUCCCCUCCUGCUAUUUCUGCGGGAUCAGACGAGCUCCAGACUCCUAGAGCAGGUGCUGCUGGUGUCAGAGCCCCUGCGGCUCCAGAGCCUCUUUGAGGAUCACUUCCAGGGGCAGCUGCAGACCCUGGCGGCACAUCCUAUUGCCAACUUCCCUUUGCAGCGUUUCCUGGAUGCUGUCACUACCCCUGAGCUGCUGUCCCCCAUGUUUGAAGAGCUGAGCCCUGCCCUGGAAGCUGUGUUGGCCCAGGGUCACCCAGGGGUAGUCAUUGCCCUGGUGGGGGCCUGCCGCAGAGUUGGGACCCACCAAGCCCAGGUCCUGCAGCUGUUGUUGGAGGCAUUCCACUGUGCAGAGCCUUCUUCCCGGCAAGUGUCCUGUGUGCCUCUUUUUGCCACCUUGAUGGCUUAUGAGGUGUACUAUGGACUGAUGGAGGAAGAGGGGGCAGUGCCUGCGGAGCACCAGGUGGAAAUGGCGGCAGCCAGGGCCCUGGGGGAAGUGACAGUGCUUGGGUCUCUACUGAUCCAGCAUCUGCUGCACUUCUCCACUCCUGAUCUUAUACUUAGAAGUCUGGGUGCCUUGACGGGACCACAACUUCUGACUCUGGCCCAAAGCCCUGCUGGUUCCCACGUGCUUGAUGCCGUCCUGACCAGCCCCUCUGUGACACGCAAGCAGCGCCGCCGUGUGCUGAAGACCCUAAAGGGACAGUAUGUGGCUCUGGCAUGUAGUCGCCAUGGCAGCCGUGUGCUAGAUGCCAUCUGGAGUGGAGCAGCCUUGGGGGCCCGGAAGGAAAUUGCUGCUGAGCUGGGGGAGAGGAACCAGGAGCUGAUAAGAGACCCUUUUGGCCACCAUGUGGCUCGAAACGUGGCCCUGACUACCUUCUUGAAGCGGCGAGAGGCUUGGGAACAGCAGCAGGGGGCUGUGGCCAAGCGGAGGCGGGCUUUGAACUCAAUACUUGAAGACUGAGGCCUCUGGAACUGGGACUGGGUGUUGAUGGGGGCGGGGGAAAGGGAGGAUCUAUCCUGUCCCCUUCCUAGGUUAAGUUGGAGUCAACACUCUUAUUGGUAAACAUUUUUAUAUUUU